AUGGCUGCUGCGCAGACGAUGCUGGAGCAUCUGGGCAAGGCUGGCCUGCCCACCGGCAUGCAAAGCGCAAUUGCUGAAGCAAUUUCUGCCAAGGUUGCAGCACCAGAUGCGGAGGCCGCUGACCCAGAAGCACGGGCCCAGAAGCCGAAAAAAGGCCAGCAGUGCCACAAGUACCUGCACCACUUCUUGUGCGAGUCGGACUGGAAAAGUCUGCAAGGCUCUUUUGCCUUCCAAGCAAAACAGCAGACGCUGGCGAAGCGUCUUGUGGCCAUGGGCCUCACCAACCCGACUGAGAGUACGUACGUGCUCGGAGUUGCUGUGUUGUACCUGUCACAGCACGCAGGGCCAGCAGAGACCCUGCAGGUCUCACCGCAGGACGGCUUGAAUACGCUGGAGGAGCUCAAGGUAAAACUUCGGGCUUGGGCUAAGCGGGGAACCCACUCUGGGUUGUCAGAAUACCCAAAAGCACCGCAAGAGCUGCCUCAACAGCUGUACAACGCUGCGUUUGCUGUGGAAGGCCCGGCAAGCUGCCCGUUGGACGAGGACCAGCUGCUGGCACUUGCAGACUGGCUGCCCGCACGUAAGUCGAAAGCUACGCUGCUUGCAACAAGGCGUGCGCGAAGCCUGUUUGAGGGCAUGCCGUCGCAGCUCCAACAGCAGAUGUGGAUGAUGCAGAUGCAGCUGCAAGCAGCUCAGAAGCAGGGAGACGACUCUCCACUGCCGGGCCUCACGUUUCUGCCACGCAAAGCAAAGCAACCCAAGGCCUUGCAAAAUGCUUCAGCCAGCUCAAGUCCCGAAAAGGAAGGUCACUCCCAAGCAGCACCUGCAGAGGAACUCCCUGCAGAGAAACCGGCCGCCGACACACGCGUACUGCAGCACCAGCCGCAGCUGGCCUUGCCUGCCCCAGAAACCGCAGCUGCGCCAGAAGCCGAAGAGUCCGUGGACCGCAUGGCCGAACUCGUCAACCAACACUUGCAGAACAAGCGCAAGGGUCCGAGCGACAAGGACGAGAAGCCGAGCAAAACUGCCAAGGUGCCCAAAGCAGCCUCCAAAAGGAAGGCAGAGCCGAAACCCAAGACGGCCACCAAGGCCAAGAGCGCAACGAACAAGCUGCCGACAAAGGGCAGCACGGAGGCACGCGACCCCAUCACUCUGGAGAAAUGCUCCGUGUACACAUGCCCGAAGAGCCACAACUGGCGCGUGAAGCUGCAUGGAAAGAGAAAGGACAAAGCCUUCUCUUGGAAGUCUGGAACGACCGAGGCAUGGACCCGGCUCAAGGAAUAUGACCGGCGGAGGGCGGCAGAGAAGCUGUUCGCUCGUUUCGUCCGGUCUCUCGCAGAGAGCAUCGACGACACUGUCGGCAAACCGCUCUGGACGGAAGCCAUUUUGGAUGCGGGUGGACAGGCAGGCCCAUCGAUCGCUGCGGCUCUCGUGGCUCAGAGCCAUUUCGCCUCGGGCUCGGGGGCGGCCGAGACGAAACGAAACAGGGAACGACCCUCGAAGUUCCUUGAGGCCGAGCGUUUGUCCUACGUCGCUGCUGGUCGCUCGGUUUUGGCACAGGCUCCCGUUCUCAGCGUCGUCGCUGAUGCUGUUCACGUGGGACAGGAGGACUGGCUGAACGUUUUCCUCUGCGACACAAGCGAGGACGUGAAGAAAGGGACGGCCAUCACGUCGGACGACUGGACGGACAUGUGGCAGGGCCGCAUCACGAAGUUCUUCAAGAAGGCCGGCUCCAAAGGUCGCUCGGCAGCGAAGACCACAGGCGGCUACAAGGAGCCGGAGAGGCUGGCCACUCAGGAGUGGCUCCGAGACAUGUCCCACAGCCUCGCGGUCGUUGGCUGGGGCUUUUCGUCCUUCCGACGGACGAGCGAGGCAGGCCGGCCGAGGGUCUUGAUCCUCUGCACGGAUCAGGAGGCCACUCAGUUGGCGGCCGUGAACUACUUGAAGUUCGGCCGUUCGCUGUUCGUGGAGCACGUCAACGACCCGGCUCACCGUUCCCACAACGACGUGAACCUCGCGAUGGCGGCGGCCGGUCUGCUGACGUUCGGCCUCGUGUCCAUCGGCCUCUACAACGUUCGCUACGGCCCAUGGAACAAGGGCACGUGGUUCGGCAAGGUCCAGACGAUGGCGGACGAGAUGAGUCGUUCGAUGAGCCCUUCGGAUCCGUUGCUGCUGACUUUCUUUCCGGACAUUCUGGAGGACCAAGGCCGUUCGCAAGAGGACAACAACGAGGCCGAGCGACGUGCUUUUCUGGAGAGCCUGCCAAACAGGUCGUUCGUGAGAAGCAAGGGCAGCAAGGCCUCGCAGUCUCGCUUCAACAGUCUCUCGCAGGCCCAUGCGGAGCUCGACGGCGACUGGUCGGCCUUUUGCCUCGUGCUGGUCGCUCUCUGCGUGGCCGAGGGCUGGUGCACGACGGCGUCCCAGUUGUGGUCGCCCUCCGCUGGCAUGGCCGAGACGACGACGGCCGCCACGACCAGGGCAGCCGCCAAGUCGGCCGCUCGCAAGGCUCUGCAGCAGCAGAGGGGUCGUUCGGUGAACGUCUUGCACGGGAUGACGAUGUUCGCCUGCAACCAAGACAAUCGGUCGCUGGCCAGGUCCGUGUUUUUCGUGCUUCAACCGGAGAACGUUCGGUGCAGCACGAUGCUCGCAGACCUUCGGGCGGCCGAGGCCACCGUGAGCCAGUAUGCCAACUGGGCUCACUGGCAGUACAUGGAGGUCGCUCGCGAGCAUGUCGCCAAGCUGUCCAACCUGGCCGCUCUGAAGCGGAUCGGCCUUGACAUGUCCUUCGAGCUGCCAAAGGAGGAGGUUCGAGAGGACUCGCUGGCGUGGCAGGAUGCAGUCGCUCACAGAGUCGUUCGCCUGACACACCGUCUCUUGCGAUAUCGUUGCGGCAGCCAGCUAGGGUCCACGAACGGCUGGGGAGCAUCGGCCGGCUUGCUGCACGAGUCUGCCGCCCUUCGACAGUCCAGCCUUCGCUUUCUGGAAGAGGUGGAUCGCACGGUCAAGCGUGUGCAGGCCGAGGGGUCGUUGGAAGCGAAGCUCCUCUUGGACGGCCACUCUGCCACGGCGCCCGUGAUGGCCAUGUUGCUGUCCGAGUUGCGGGAGGCGUCGUUCGUGGAGGUUCCGCCGGGGACGUUCGAGUGGCUUCGCCGUUCGUGGAGCGGCCUGCUGAACUCGAAGCUCGUGGAGGACGCCAACAAGGUCCAACGUGAGGCCGAGCAGCGGAAUGGCACUUCGAAGACGUUGGGUCGUUUGGAGGGCUGGCACGGUCUCUCGAGAAAGAAGCUCCUGGAGCAGUAUCACAGGAGAGAGGUGCCGAGUGGCCGGAUGGCGACCGUGCCCGCGAAGUUCGACGCCGACCCGUGGUUCGUGCGGCCUCAGCGGCUCCGCACGGACCCGGGCAGUUCGUCGGCCGCCGUUCGCGAGGAGCAGGAGGAGGGCCUCACGGACCAGACCUUCGAGGACGACCUUCUGAAGGGCGUUAGCCAAGCGAGGACGUGGGCCUCUCUCACACCUGAGUCGGAACAGGACAAGCUGGCUGGGUUCUCGCUGCUCACCAAGGUCGUUCGGCAGAACAUGGACUGGUCCUUCGUGGAGAAGGGAUGGUGGGCAGCCUUGGCUCCCGAGGGACAUGCCUUGCAGUUUCCGACUGGACCACCGUUGUACGUGGUUCGCAGCUACAAGCGAGCGGCUCUCGUCUGGCCCGGCAAGUUGCAGACUUCCCCUGCCGGAGACAUCGUCGGCCUGGACCUGGAGAACCCACAGGUCGGAUGGGUGCACCUUUUCGACGACGCCGUGGACGUUCUGGACUUGGCUGCGACCUCGCCACAACGUGGCCUGGCCCACAAAUCUCUGGUUUUUAGUAUGGAUUCCGUAGUAAAUAUUCACUUAGGCUAUAGCUUCCUAAAUCCUAAACCCCAAAAUCCAGCACAGGGAACCCUUUAG